AUGGAGGACGUUCCAUAUCACGCGGUGUUUAGGGUUGGCAUCCUGACUACGGUCGUUGUUUUGACGCAGACUUCGGCGCGUUGGGUUCAAAACAUAAAUAUGGAGGGCGGGCGUAAAACAUUAACGGAAAUGAGGAAAUUUGUAGAAGGUCUUUUCAGAAAUAGUCCCGAUUUGAGCAUACUGACACAUGCCAUUGUAAGAAAGGAAUACCUGGUGCACUGCAGUAAGGAGAGACUGAGUAAAGAGGAGAAGCAACAACUGAAGAAACUGGUUGAGGAGCAGCUACUCAGGAUGCAGGUAUCUGACUCCAGUGAUGAUGAGCCGUUAAUCAAAAAAAUUGAGUCGCUAGCUGGCAAAAAGAAAGUUAGUGACUUGAAAAAGCGCAGCCGAAGCAACAGCAGCAGGGAUUCUGAUGAACGACAGGAAAGUCCUUCAAAGCAGAAUAGCAAGAAGAAACGUGUGAAGUCUGAUCAAAGCACUGACGAAGAUUCUGGUAUUGAAAGAAAAGUGCCCAUAAAAAGAAGGAAUGCCAAAAAGGCUAGGAAAAGCCAUAGUAAUUCUGAAAGCUCUGAUCUUGAGGCAGAGGCAGGAAGUGAUCAUGAAGACUUGACUAAGCAUGACGCUCAUAAUUCUGAGAAUAAAAAGAAGAGUGCUUUGAAGUCUGGGCUUACUGAUGGUAAGCGAAGGAUGGAAUCAGAACAUGGUUCAUCAGAUAGUGAGGCAGAAGCAAGACAAGACAAGAUAUCUGAUGUAGAUGCCAGUGACGUGUCCUCAGAUGAAGAACAUGCAGUGGACAGUAAAAAGACUGUGAACCUUGAAAGUGAAGAGAGUGAUUCAUCUGCACCUUUGAAAGGGAAUUUUAAAGGUGGAAGUAAAUCUGAACAAAAGACAAAAGCAGAAUUUAAUUCCGACAGCGAGCAGUCCAGAGACUCUGACUCUGAAGUAGUGCAGAAGUCUGCUAGUAAAAAUGCACAAAAGGCCCCAAAAAAUGCACAAAAGGCCCCAAAACAGAAGUCCAUAACAACCAAGCAGGAAAAGGAUGAUUCUGGAGAUGGGAGUGAACUUGUGAGCUCUAGUGAAGAAGAUGAACCGGCCAGCAAGGGGACUGGCCAGGACAGAGGGAAGGAGAGUGAGUCUUCAUCUGAUGAAGACUUGUUGCCCAGUGCUGGAGGGAAACCAAAGCAGACUUCUAAGAAAGCAAAGAAGUCUUCACCUUCAAAUGAGCAGGAAUCUGCCAAGGAAGAGCAUCCCACCAUCAAGCGUCUGAAACGUUACAUUGUAGCCUGUGGAGUGCGAAGGAACUAUAAGAAGCUCUUUGAAGGCCGGCGCUCUAAUAAGGCCAAGAUUCAGGCUCUCAAACAAGAGCUUGAAAAUCUAGGAAUGAAAGGUCAGCCUUCUCUAGAAAAGUGCAAGGCACUACGUCUGAAAAGAGAAGAAGCAGCUGAACUUGCAUCACUCGAUGUUAGCAACAUUAUUACUUCAGGUCGCCCUCGAAGAUUAAAUCCCUGGACUGCAAACCAGAAGUCUGAAGAAGCUCCCCCAAAAGAUAACUACAGGAAAGCUGUGGACUCGGACUCUGAUGAUGAGCCACCUGCUAAAAAGAGACUUACUGCAUGGGCUAACCUGAAGGGUAUAAUAAGUGAUGAUGAAGGCAGUGAAUGAGCUGUUUUUAAAUGGCUUUAACCUAGUUUUUCUAAAAUUUCCUGUUAAAGGCACAUUAUGGUAUCGGAGAGCAACAUUCCAACAAAGUGAAUGGUUACAGGCAGCUAAAGUGGUCCUCAUCCUUAUAGUAAGUGUGCACUGCCCAUGGUAUGUUUAACAAGUUCAUAGUUGGAAUAAAAUAUUGACUACAGAUGCACUUCUGUUAGACCUCGGGUAUUAGAAUUAUAACACCAUAUAAACAGAUUUAAAAAUGCAGCUUUGUUAAAUAAAUUUUAUCCAGGUGUCUGAGAUUAUUUUAAGUGGUUGUGUGUAUUUAGCUACAAUGGUAGCAGCUCUAACUCUUCCACCCUGAUGGCAUCCUUGGCCUUUUAUUUGAGUGAUUCAUAUCUUUAUAUACAGCCUUAUUCAACUCCAUAUGUCUUGAUUUACAAAGUGACACAUGACACGCCUUGGGCCUGAGAUGGUCUUGCUGUAGCCUGGGAAUGUGGUUCCAGAAAUUAUUAUGCCUGCUGAAUUCUUAAAUACUUGUGCAUUUGUGACUUGGGACAAUAGACUAUUAAGUUACUUAUUUGUUAGAGCUUAACUCCUUUUUGUUCUGCUAUUUUUACUGUAACGUUCCAUGCAAGUCUACCAAGAUUUGUCUGGCUAAAAUCUAUGGGGGUUCCUAGCAGUGUGUUACUCUUGUGUUGAGUGGGGAGCUUCUGUCAGAGCUGGGCUUGAGAGUAGUCAGUACAUGGCAUCCAGACAUUUGCUUGCAAAAUACAUUUGUCAUAGGUUGGACGGAUGCUUAAAUGUAAGCAUUUUAUACGUUGUGCCAUAAAGCAUUUUGCUCUUGGCGUGUACAUUUACCCUUGCAUUCCAAGAAAACUGGAAAUGUUUUCUAGUCGUCCAUCUUGCUGGGUUUUUUGGCAUCUUUUCCAUGAGGUAGAGAUGGAUUGCCAAAUCUAACAGAAGGCUGUGCUACCUGGCCACAAGUUGGUUUCAUUGCUUUAAGUUACACCCUGCUCUAACCAACAGCUGACAAUGUGUCUUAAAGUAAAUGCCUAUUUGGGCCCUAGUUCACUUAAUGGUCCCCAAACCUGGGAUUGUUCCAGUUUCCAUUUCGUCCAGGUCUGCUUUAUUUAUAUAUUGACACGGACACUUUGAACAGUCCUUGGCAGUUUAAGUGACUACUAUAAAAAAAAAAAAAAAUCAAUUAUCUUUGUUUCAGCAUGUCAAACCUACUUAUUGAAAGUUGGCAGACUUCUAAACGCUGACUAAAGAUUGCAGGUCAUGUGGAAUUUUAAGCAGUGUUUCAAGCUAGUUUCCUUUAAUUUCCCAGGAUUGCACUUUUUGCCUCCAAUCAUGGAUUACAAUAAAAACUAGCUUCAGACAACCACAUGUUCAGGUUUUCUGUUUUGUUUGCCCCUGACCUGACUACUAUGAAGAGCUUAUUUGUAUCCUACAUUGUCCAGAACUAGAAGCUGUCAUUGUCUUCCAUUAUUGAGUUGCACCUUUUCCUGACCAGUGUGACUUUUAUAUGACAUGAGCUGCCUUUUUUAUCAAUUGGCCUCUUUUUGUUUCUUCUGGGUCACUGGUUCCCAUUAACACCCGCCACAUUCUGAUUGUCAUAGCUGUCCACGUCCCUGUGGUUCUAUGUUUGCUCUUCAGACAAAAGCCAACUGAUGCAUCCCAACCCACCAUCCAUCAGUAGAUUCCGUUGUCAAACUGUAAGGGGGCAGGUCCCAGUUUGUUCUGGUUUGUUCAUGACCGGUAAUUGGACUCCUGCUUCUGUAUAAAACAUUGCCUGCAGCUAAUCCACUGUCAUAAAUGUGUUUAGACCCAGGUUUUCUCAGGUGGCAGUGCACUGCCACGAGGAUCAGUGUGCAGUUCCCCCAGAGGUAGCAACAAUUGCCUGAGGGUUUCAGUACCUAUUCAGUCUACCUGGACCUAGGACACCAGCAACUCAUUGGGUACUCAACUUUGCACCAGAAGGGCAGGAACUAUAUAAAACUUUGGCUUAGUUUCUCAGACUUGGUUCUCCCAUACAUUUAGCCAGAAAGAUCUGUCCUUUCACUUUUUCUAAUUGUCCGUUUUUAUUUAUGUCUGUAAUAAACAUUGUGAUUAAAGACCUUAUGACUGGCCUGGAGAGGGCUUUUUUGCGUGUGAAAUGGCACACAGAAAGAGCUAUAAUGUUUCAUCAGAGGAGAAUCACAUUGAUAAGUGUGCUAAAAUAACUUGUUCCUGCAUCCUCAAACCCCCCCCCCCCCACCUCAAGUGCGGUUUCAUUACUGCGUUAAGAUCCUUUACAAAAGCUGGCCUAAAGCAAAAUGAUAAAACCAUGACUUGCAACUUAUCCAGUAGUAAAAAAAAAAAAUAGCUUAAGUGCUACUGUAUACAUGUCUGCCAAGGUAUGUGUUUUAUACAAUGUAUUUUUAAUUAUUAUAACUGGAGAAUGUUGAUGUUUUUCAACUUUCUGAACAGGUUAAGGGUUUCCCUGUUGUAAUUUUAAAAGUGAAAUACUUAAUAAAGCUGCAACUUUUAUAGUUUAAUCUGUUAUAUUUUAUUUCAUAUUUUCAGCAUAGCGUGCAUAUACUUUUUAAAUUGGCGGCUUCAUUGAAUAUAACAUUUAAGUAGCUACACAGCCCUGGUAGCCACUGAAAUGCUUUGUUUUUUCAAUAAUGGGGUCAAAUGUAAUAUAUUUAGUCAAAAUGGCAUGACAGUAGGUACCUUGGGAGCUCUUCUGACAGUAGCUCUCAAUGUACGUCGUCCUCUGGUCAAAUGUUGGGACACAAUAACAUUUCAGUCAUGAGUGUAACACUAAAGAAUUUUGGCUAAAUGCUAGUUAGUGGAUUCUUCUGCAUUUUGAAUCUGCUGCUGCAUUGCCUGUAAUUUUCAAGUGUGGUGCAUUAUGGGUGGAUGUGGCUGGGCUUAUCUGGAUUUUUUAUUUUUUAGUGGCUGUUUGUCAGUGAUAUUCAGAACUGGCGCUCUCUGUAUAUUUCUGCAUAUAUGUCAUUUGUUUGCCUUUGUCGAUAUGUAAGUAGAAAUAUUGUGUAGAUGUGAGAUUACAUGUCGUAUUGGAUGUGUUUGGUAGCAAGAUGUUAAGUGCCUUCAAAAAUUGAAUGCUAAUUUACAUGGGUUACCCAAAGUAUUUCUCUACCUGUAAAUGACUUGCCCCCAAAACUUAGAAAAAAAUUUGACAAAUCUCCGUUAUAUUAAGCUAAACAAACUAAUAUAAUAAUGGAAUCUGAUUAUUUAUAAACAGAUUUAUCAUUUUUUUUCUGUUGUAUGGUUUGUCUUGUUUAAACCGUUGUGUACUUCCAGCUUUCCAGCACAUACCCUGGUAAACAAAUAUAAAUGAAUAAUUAAAAAAAAAAACUAGCAGCUUGUAUAAUACCUUGUGGUCUGACUGCAGAAGUAAAGACAUUUAUUACAUUAUUCUAGUGAUUAUUUAAACUGAUACAGCAUUAUACCAUGGAAGAAGCUACUGGAAUCACAAUUUCCACUUCUGGAGCAAGUGGAGAAUGCUUUUUCCUCUUCCCCAUUCAACAAAACAGCAAGCAUGGAAAUUGCAGAUAAGCUGUUCUCCCUUAUAUACAAAUAAAAGAAAGAAGGUGGCAUUGGCAGUUUUUUGGUUGUGGCUGGCUAUAACUUUCUCUACUGAGGGCUGUGGUAUCCUGUGCCCUUUUCCUGGGCAGCCCUGUAUAUUUGCAUGCAGUGAUUGCAGGCAUUGGUGUAUCCCUGCUGAUACACCCCUAUGGAUUUGUCCAGAAGCAUUCUUUUGCAACGAAUGUGUGGGGACUCCUGACAUGAAAUCUGACCUGCCUACUAGCUUUACAAGUAUUCCAUGUUGUCCUGUGCAGUGGAUGAAAAAGCGCACAUCUGUUUUAAUGGUAACAAAAAGGCAGCACUUGCCAGUAAAUAUUUGGACUUGUUCCUGUUGCAGCAAAGGCCUGACAUGACCAGUGUCUAGCAUUGUCAUGUCUAGUGUUUUGUAAUGCACAGGUUAGAGUUGUCACAUAGUUUCAUUGUGGAGGCAAAAAUGUGCAGUAAUGGUAACUGCUUUUUAAUGUUGCGGAACUUUGGCACACAUUGCCUGAGUGCAUAAUGACUAUUAAUAGGGUACUGCUUGUGGCUGGAGAUGAGUCCCCUGCAUGCAUGUGGAUUUUUUUUGGAUGGGGAGGGUGCAUUAAGAAUGCUUGUCAUUGAAUUGCAUACAACACCAGAUGACUACGUCAAUCAGGAAGCAGUUGAAACUGUCUCUACCAGUUUCCUUUAAGCAUGAAUGAGUAAUUGGGGACUUUUUAAGUAAAUGGUAAUCUUUUGAAGAGCAAUGUGGAAAUAAUUUAAGCAAAUUAUCUUGUUGCUUUAGUAGUUUUAUUGAAGUUCUUUUGCAGAUUGUCAGUUUGUGUUUUUUUGUUCACUAUAAAGUAAAUGAUAUUCAAAGUCAGUUGUAUAUGCAGUCACCAGAGAAAAGUUGCUUAGAAUGUUGGUGCAGUUUUAUGUAAUUUUCAUAAUGUAAAUUUGUAAAUAAAGUAAAUUAAAACGUG